UUUGCAUCAUCCAGAUAAAGCACUUAGACGAAUCAGUCUCCUGUGUCCGGUCUGAUCCCUUUUCGCCCCCGUUCCAGACACGUUGCCUGCGAUGUGAUGUGCAGCCCUGGAGUCCCGGGCAAGCCCCGCCCACCCCUGUGUGAUGUCAUCGUGUCAGCGGAGAGCAGUAGGAAGAGCAGCCUUGCUGGGUCCACUUCCUGCUAAACCCAGGGCAAGCAGAUACCGUGCACCUCACCCCCUUCCCUCUGCCAGCCAUGGAUCUGGAUGCCAUCCUAGACCAGCUGGAGACUGGGGAGCAGGAGCUGGUGCAGAAGGCACUGACAGAGUAUAAUAAGGAGAAUUCCCAGUGUUUCUUCUUCAAUGCAGAGCAAAGAGAGCAACGUAAGAAACUUGGAGAGUUGGUGAUCAAGUUCCUGGAACGGGAUCUUCAGCCAUCUUGUCAGGUUGUCUGUCUGGAAACUAUCCGAAUUCUUUCACGAGACAAGUAUGGGUUGUCUCCCUUCACCAGUCGCUCAGCAAUGCAGAUCCUUGUCCAGUACGCAGGGUUGGACUACUCGGAUGAGACAGAGGUGCCACGCAUGCCGGACAGUGAGAGUGUUGUGGAAGCAUUGAAGGCUCUGUGUAACAUUGUCUAUAAUAGCGUUGAGGCCCAGGAAGUGGCCAAGGAGUUGCGGCUGGUCUGUGGCCUAGCUCGCCGUCUGAAGCUCUACAAUGAGACCAGGUUAUCUCAUGAAAGCAAAUUUUUUGAUCUCCGCCUUCUUUUCCUCCUCACGGCACUAAGGGUUGACGUGAGAAGACAGCUGGCCCGGGAAUUGAGGGGUGUUAGUCUCCUUACUGAUGCACUAGAGAGCACCCUUGCCCUGAAGUGGUCCGAUAUCUACGAGGUAGUAACAGAUCAUCUUGCUCAACCGCUUGGCAAAGAGGAGACUGAGAGGGUGAUGGAGAUCCUGAAGACACUUUUUAACAUCACCUUUGAUAUUAGCCGCAGGGAAGUUGAUGAGGAAGAUGCGGCGCUGUAUCGCCAUCUAGCGGCCAUACUUAGGCAUUGCUUAAUCAGGCAAAGUGACGGUGAAGACAGAACAGAAGAAUUCCAUGGGCACACCGUAAACCUGCUAGUGAACCUCCCACUCAUGUGUCUUGACGUUCUACUGACACCUAAAGUGGAGCAUGGUUCUGUGGAGUACAUGGGAAUGAACAUGGACACUGUGGAGGUCCUAAUACAUUUCCUGGACAGGAGGUUGGACAGGGGUCAUAAAUUACGCGAGACACUGACUCCUGUCUUGAAUCUCCUGACUGAAAGUUCGCGGGUCCAUCGUGAGACACGCAAGUUCCUCCGCGCAAAAGUUUUGCCUCCUCUGAGGGAUGUAAAGAACCGUCCAGAAGUGGGGAACACUCUGCGCAAUAAGUUAGUUCGUCUGAUGACUCACGUAGACACGGAUGUAAAGCACUGUGCAGCCGAAUUCCUUUUUGUCCUUUGUAAGGAAAAUGUGUCUAGAUUUGUGAAAUACACAGGAUAUGGGAAUGCUGCUGGCUUGCUUGCUGCCAGAGGGCUGCUGUCAGGUGGCCGUGGGCAAGGUCGAUAUUCUGAGGAUGAAGACACAGACACAGAAGAGUAUAGAGAAGCUAAACCUAACAUUAACCCAGUGACAGGACGCGUGGAGGAGAAACAGCCCAAUCCCAUGGAUGGCAUGACAGAUGAGCAGAAAGAGUAUGAGGCUAUGAAGCUGGUCAGCAUGUUCGAUAAGUUAUCACGGGAACAGAUCAUCCAGCCCAUGGGAGUGACAUCUGAUGGGAGGUUGGAACCUAUAGAUGAGGCCGCUCAGAAGAUGCUACAGCAGCAGGAGUCGUCUGACCUGGAGACUGACUCCGACUAAAUUACCCAGCUGGAGGGGAUCACGGUCCAGAAUCCGAGCCAAGCAGAGGCCACGUCGGAGCGACAACAGUUAUCCAGACACCAUAAACCACAAGGGAUAU